AUGAGUUACCAAGAUAAAACCAUCUUAAUUCAUAAAAAUAUAGCAAAUAGAUUUGAGUUUUAUGAUGUGAAAAAAGAUGCAAAUAAUAGAGAAAUAAUUAUAGAAGCAUACAAAAGAAUUAAUGAUGAGUCUGAAGCUAUUGCUAAAAAAACUAAUAGUAGAAUUAAUAUGUGUAAAUCUGGAAAUUAUACAUUAACAACUAUAAAAUUUUUCAAAGAAACCACUUUAGCACCUCAAAAAA